AGAGUCUGGGCUUUGAGUCCAACGGGGACGCUGGAGAUGGUGUGAUCGACAGUAUCUUGGCAGUGCCUGGCACGUCAAGCGGACAGUUUGCUGAAAACUCGGGAGGCACCAAUCGCGCCUGUUGACCCACAGCUCGCGAACGGUGCCGCCGACAGGCCUUUCCAUCACUCAGAGCAUUCGAGCGAGCGACCGGGCGACGCACUGGCGUUUCGCUUCGUCAGAUCAAUUCAUAACUACUCAUAACUACUUCGGUUUGAAGCUGUCCACUAGAUGAUGCGGGAGUGAAAGCCUUUCCUGUGGCUUUCUGCCCCACUAUCAUUCGAGGGAGCGGCUGGAUUGACUAAUCAAUUCAUUUAUUCAUCGCAUCGCCUGUCCGUGCACGCACACGAAAAAGAGACUAUCGUCCUGUCGGCUUGCUCGCCUUUGCCUGUGGUAGCAAUGCCGGCGGACAACCCGCCGCCAAAAACUCAAAAAGGCCGAGACGAACAAGUCACGCCACGCGCGAGGUCCUCUUUCCUCCUUGGAUGGGUGCACGACAGGCUGGCUGCCGGCGUGUCCACUCUGCUCUGUGAAGCCUCAGCCGUCCGAGUUGAUCGACGGCGGCUGAAAAAGUCAGUCACAGUAGACAGAUGGGACGCCGGCCGGCAGCCAGCAUGAAUGCACCCUCACAGCAGAGACAGCAGAAAGGAACCCCCGGCCGAUACCCCCAUGCACACGCACGUCGGUCCACGGAGGUCAAGACAAAUUGAUCCCUCACACAGACACACCACACACGAUACAGAUGAGCUAUACAGAACGCCCCUCCACAUCUCUCCCCUCUCUCUCUCUCUCCCCUCUCCCUCCCCUCUCUCGCACCCAUAGGGCAUGCAGGCACUCGUGUAGAAGUUUGUGUGCAAUAAAAGGCAUGUCUGGGUGGAUAAAGAGCCAUGUGGGGCAUUGCGGUCAGUGUCUGCAUGAAGAGGGCUCAUAAAGAGCAGCGAUCUCGUAUGCGUGUGUGGACGGCAAGGCGAGAGAAUACACACCCCUGACGGAUCCCUUCAUGGCAGCAAUCCAUCCCGCGACCUCAUCAUUCACUCAUCAGCCAGCAUCCUGCCCCUCCGGCGUGUACACCGUGUGAACAGGAUGCUGCUCCACGUGGGACAGAUGCGGCCACAGGCGAAUCACUUGAAAGGACAGAGAUAGGUUGUCAUGGCGCCAGGAAAGAAAAGGCGGUUGAGUGGACCAGCAUCCUACCUGCGUCACGCGCCCUGUCACAGGCUGCCCGCCCCAGACGACGCUCGCACGAUGGUUUCGGCCAACGUGCUCACAGCGUCAGGAGAAGCAAUUAAAGACAAGGACGCGUGGCGCAAACAAGAACCGGAAGUAAAAAGUGAAAAACUCAAUGAUUGUCCAAUAUCCAAAACGUUCACCACAUCGUGUGGGCUCCUGCACCACGUGUCAUCCAUCAUCCAGCCACUCAUUUGUGUGUCGACUAAACUCGCCCAUGUGUCCCCCGUGUACGUCACGUCGACAGCAGAUGUGCCCCAAUCUCAACCCCACCCUCUCGAAUAAAGCGUCAUCAUGCAUUCAAGCAGGCAGGCAGGCAGGCAGGCACAGAGCGAGUCAAAGUGGAGUCAGUCUGGAUGUAAGUAUGUGUGUGGGAGAGGGCGGGCAGCAUGCGGCACAAGCAGCGGCUUUUCUCGCUGCCGCACGCACCAAUUCGUCUCGUGUGGGCAGGUGGGCGGGCGAAAAGGAAAGAGACGCCGGCCGGAUGCAUGAAAGGCCCAGGCAGUCCGAAUAAAGGAGGCAAACGGAACAUUGACAACCGAGACAGGCAGCACAGCACAGCAUCCACGCACCAGGAGGUCGAUCGCAUUCGCGAAGACCUCCCUAGUGACUACACUGCGCCCUGCGUCGUCCUCACUUAAGACGUCUGGACAGUCGGCUCCUUGAGCAUCACAACACCCUCGGGCGUCAGACCUAGCACCACACAGAGACACGAGACACAUUAACGAUGCACGAAAGCAUCAUGGAAUGGGUAAGUGUUUCUUUGUGUCUGACAUACGCACAUACCCGAGUUGUGGAGGACGAUUUCGAGUUUGCCUGACUCGGGGUUCCGCCUGUAGAGGUAGGUGAACUUGGCGUGGGCCCUCUUCUCGCUGCCGUCCUUCUCCCAGAAGAGAAAGUCGUAGUAGCCGUUGUACGCCACCUUGCCGUUGCCCAGCUGGAUCAGGUCCUCAUCGGUCACCUUGGGCGGGAACUCCGGCUUGAUCUGAUUGAUUGAUUGAUGCACACACGCAGCGGGAGAAAUGUUCGAGCCGCCAUCAACCAUGUGUCUGUCUCUGUGUCUGCCGGUGCGUGUCAGUCAGUGUGUCUGGCGUGUCUGUCUGGGUGACCUGUUUCCUGUCGAGGAAGCUCUUGAAGUAGUCGAGGAUGGUCUCGCCGGUCUGGCGCGCGCCGAUGCUGCCCGUGUCGACAGUGCCGAGCAGGUUGCCGGGGAGAGACGCGUCGUUGCUGUAAAGACCCACCACUGUGUCGGGAUUCAGUGAUUGAACUGAACACACACACACACACACACAUACACACACAGAGAGAGAGAGAGAGAGAGAAGGAGAUGAGCGAGCCGUUCACGUCUUAGUUGGUCAUGUCGCUCACCGGCGGCGAUCCACUGGUCCCUGGCGGUCUCGACCUCGGCGGCAGAGACCUUGUUGGGCGAGGGGAGCUCGAUGACGCCCUCGGGUGUGAGGCCCGAGUUGUGGAGGACGAUCUCGAGCUGGUUGUUCUUGGCGGGGUUGCGCUUGAAGACGUACGUGAACUUGGCGUGCGCCUUGGUGUGCGAGGCAUCCUUGUUCCAGAAGAGGAACUCGUAGUAGCCUGACACACACAGACAGAAAAACAGAGCACACACAUGGACCGAAGGCUCUUCUGUCUGCCCGUCGAUGUGCGGUUUGCUCUCUCACCGUUGUAAGCGACCAUUCCGUUGUCGAGCUGGAUGAGGUCGUCGUCAGAGAUGGCUUCGGGGAAGCAGGGCUGGAUCUUCUCCUUGUCAAGGAAGCUCUUGAAGUAGUCCAGGAUCGUCUCACCAGACUUGCGCGCACCAGUGGCCAUUGUGUCAACGGUGCCUGACACAACCAACCACACACAUACACGCCGAGCGAUAGUACACGUUUGUCUACACGGCGGCUCACUCACCGAGGAGGGCGCCGGGGAGCGUGGCGUCGGCCGAGUAGAGGGAGGCGACCUUCUCGGGGUUGAGCGACUUGACUGCGGCCACCCAGUUGUCCCUGGCCGUCUCGACCUCCUUGAUCGACACCUUCUCGGGGCGGGGCAGCUCGAUCACGCCCUGGGGCGUCAGACCUGAGCAGGCCACACACGCGACAAAGCAACAAUCGGUACACACAUGGGUCAGGAGGCGGUGUGUGUGUGUGUGUGUGUCGCCAUACCCGAGUUGUGGAGGACGAUCUCGAGCUUGCCGGUCUCAGGGUUGCGUCUGUAGAUGUAGGUGAACUUGGCGUGGGCCUUGAGGUGGCGGCCGUCGUGCUCCCUGCACACAAACAAACAGGACACAGCAAUCAAGGUCAUCGCUGUACGUCGCUGCACAUGUCUGUCCUGUGCUUCUUAGGUACUGACUGACCAGAAGUAGAAAUCGUAGUAGCCGUUGUAGGCGACCAUGCCGGGGCCCACAGGGAUGAUGUCCGCCUGAGUCACCUCGGGAGGGAAGGCAGGCUUGAUCUGCACACAGAGGCAGAGGAAAGAACAUUACAUGUUGGCUCGUGUGUCGACGGUCCCUCCGGACGCACCUUCUCCUUGUUGAGGAAUCCGACGAAGUACUCCCUGAUGGUCGAGGGCGACUGGCGUCUCUUGGUCUCCAUGGUGUCGACGGUGCCGAGGAGGUUGCCGGGGAGGCUGGCGUCGGCCGAGUACUGAGCCACCACUGUGUCGGGGUCCAGAGUCCGCACCGCGGCGAUCCAUGCGUCACGCGCCUCCUUCACCUCGGCAGGCGUGAUGGGCUUCUCGGGCGACUCCAGCUCAACCAGGCCCUGGGGCGUCAGACCUGACAUCACGAGAACAGCCGCAAUGGGCAUGGUGUGUCUGGGCGAGUGGAAUGAGUGUGUCGUCGUGUGUUUUGAUGAUGCCCACCAGAGUUGUGCAGGGCGAUCUCGAGCUUGCCGGUCUGGGGGUUGCGACGGUACACAUAAGUGAACUUGGCGUGGGCCUUGAGCUGACGGCCAUCCUUCUCGGUGAAAUAGAAGUCAUAAUAACCUUCACACACAAAUAGAGCACCAGGGAAACCACCAUGUGCAUUGAUUUGUUUCGAGCCAUCUGUCUGUCAAUCUGCUAACCGUUGUAGGCGACGGAGCCUGGGCCAACGUGAGCACCGACACGACAGACAGACAGAAACAAAUGACCUGUCCUGAGGCGUGUUUGUCUUCUCAUUGCCAAACCGACCCUUGUCCAGCUGGAUGAGGUCGUCCAUCGUCACCUCAGGGGGGAAGGCGGGCUUGAUCUGCACCACACCAGGCCCACCACACACAGAGGCAUAGAGGGAGGGAUGCACCAUUCCGCUGUGUGCGUAGUAGAUCACCUACCGCUGCCUUAUUGCAGAAGACCUUGAAGUACUCGAGGAUCGAUGUGCGGCACUGACGGGCGCCGAUCUCGACGGUAUCAACGGUACCUGCACGCAUGCCCAGCAUCAAGUGAAUGAAUUGGCAUGGACGAAUGGGUGUGUCGCUGGUGUCCUACCAAGGAGCGCUCCCGGGAGAGCGGCAUCAGCCGAGUACAGAGCGACGAUCUUCUCGGGAUCGAGCGACUCAACUGAUCGCAACACAAUCACGACACAACACAUGGCAAGACAGAAAGUGAGACAGGAAAUGAGACAACAAGCGCUCAUGGAUGUGAUCAGCAGUGAGCACCACCCACACACUUGCUCGGACGCAUUCCCCGAUCACUCGGUUGCAUGCAUGCACACACGGACGCCCUCCCUCCCUCCACCCACCUGCAGCGACCCAUUCGUCGCGGACGGUCUUGACCUCAACUGGCGAGACGAAGCCCUUAUAAGGGGUCUCACCGGGAUGCGGCAUCCCCACCUCAGCCUCAAUGGCCGCCGCCUCGUCUUCAGUCACGCCGCUGCCGCUCUUGGUGAAGAUCCUGUCAAGGAAACCAGUGCUGGUCUUCUCAGCAGUGGCGGCCUCCUGGAUGGCGAAAUGCCUCGGCAGGGUGUGGCGGAGGUUUUUGGCCACGCGGCUGGCGAGAGGGCGGAAGGUGAACUGGAAGGCCGAUGGCGCAUCGCGGCUGACUGCAGCUGAUGCUGUUGCUGCCGCGAGGCAGACAAGAGCGCAGAUCCGAGCGGUCAUCUUGUAGAUCCUUCUCAAAUAAGACCGGCAGUGGCGGC